GUAAUUAAUUUCACAAUCCGUUAGAAGAAGUACGGAUACAGUGUUUUAUUACUCCAAGACUUGGUUUUUGCUCCUAUGAAGCUGAAAUUUCAUCAUAAUUGUGAAGUGCCUGGGGUAAUAAGAUUACGAAAACGAAGAGAACAAUUAUUAUACGGCGAGUUAUUGCUUUUUGACAGUUGAUGAGUUGACUAGAAAGACUGAACAAUAUUUUAAAAUCAUUUUACUGCUCUAGGAGUUGAAAAUCAUGAAUUAUACAAUGAAUUUGUAAGCUGAGAAAAGUGGAAGUUUCUGUUAUCACAAUUCAAAAGCGCUGAUAAAACAGAACGUAGCGUAGCGGUGUAUAGCCACAGUGUGUUGUCCAAAAGUGCUACGUUUUUUUUGCGCUACGUUUUAAAACAUAGCGUAGCGCAAGUGUGUGACGGGCCUAAAAGCCAAAAAAAUACAACUUUUGAUUUAAUUUUUUUUUCAAAAAAAGUUGAAGUUGUUGAAGCAAGUGAAAAACUGAAAAAGUGAAGUUUUUAUGAAGUGAAAUUGGAAAUUUGACUUAUGUAUGAUGUGUUCCAUAAUUUUUACUGAACUCGGAGAAUAGAUCAUUUUAAUCUAUGAGCUACUGAUAUAUAAAUUAGUCAUGGGUGUUCACGGAUUGUGGAAGUUAAUCGAACCUGCCGGUAAACAAGUUCCUCUCGAAAGCUUGGAAAACAAAGUUCUUGCCGUCGAUGUAUCUAUUUGGUUGUAUCAAUUGACCAAAGGGCUACAGACAACAGGAGGUGGUGCUAUUCCAAAUGCACAUCUUCUUGGUCUCUUUAAUCGGAUAUGCAAAUUGCUGUAUUAUAGAAUUAAACCAGUCUUCGUGUUUGACGGUGGUGUGCCGUUUUUGAAGAAGGAAACCAUUGAAGCAAGAAAACGUUCCAAGAGGAAAGCUCAAGAUAAUUCGGAACAGUUGAGAGAAAAAUUGCUGAAGAAUUAUUUAAAACAAAAAGCUGUUCGAGAUAUUCUAGGAAGCGACGAUGUUUCGACGAGUACUCAAAUUUUUGAUGACAUGUUUGCCCUGCCUCCUCUACCAGAAGAGGAGGAAACUAUAGAUGACCCCGAUAGCGAUAGUGAUACGGAAGUGGCCACAGCCAAAGUUGAAAGCUUUUGCGAUUUUCAAUACGGAAAGGAUUUACACUCGAUUGAUAUACAAAGCGAGCAAUUCAAAGCAUUACCGCCGGAAAUUCGACACGAAAUUUUGAGCGAACUUAUUGAAACGAAGAAGCAGAAUUCUUGGGCUAAAGUUCACGAAAUGCCUGAGGAUUCGCAAGAUUUUUCAAAAUUUCAAUUAGAAAGACUGAAAAAAAGAAGAGACGUGCAACUUUCGUUGGAUACUGCAGCCAAAGAAAUGGGUGGCAGAAGUAUGACUUUGAACGAAUUGGAAGCUAUGUUCAAAGAAGACGGCAUUGUCACCGAUAACCUCAGCGGUCAGCGAAUUGUUGGCGACAACGUUACUAGAUAUUUGUAUGUUACCGGGAAAACCAAAGAAAAAGCACCAGUCAUCAAUAAACCAAAACUUCGCGAGAGAAACGAAACGAGUAUUUCAAUUAGACAGCAACGAGCUGAAAUUGAAAAAGUUUUCGAAAUUUCUGCACCAACGCCGGCGCCGAGUAAGUCGUCGCCUAUCAACGAAAUGAAAUUUCAUGAAAGAAUACAAACCAUCGAGGAUAGUAUUUUCAUCAAAGAUUCGUCAUCUGAGGACGAGAUAGAAGUGAUAAACGAUACGGCUGACGGUGAAUACAUUCGUUCGUUACUCGACAAAGAAAAACUUUCGCAAGAAGAAAUACUCAAAAUUAUCAAACAAGAACAAAACGAAGAUGAAAAUUCUAGUCCUUCUUUCGUAACGUCCGAUACUGAAGAUAAACCUAUGCCACGCACCAUGGUGGUGUCUGCGGAAGUCUAUGAUGAGGAUAUUGUCGAACCUUCUCAGGAAUUUGAACCAUCAAGACUGUCUUUUUUAUUGGACCAAUCCGCUAAAGUUACCAUUGACAGUAUUAAUCUCGCAAAAAGGAACGAUAUUGAAGGUAAACCGUUACCAAGUAAAAAUGUUGUUUCCGAGUCACAUUCCAUCGAACUGUUUCUCGAUGAUGAAGAAAUGAAAGAAGAUUUCAACGAAGAAUCUAGGCACGUGAGUCAGUUGGAAGAAUUACCACAAACAGUGUUACUACCAAAAGAUGGAAACGAAGAUGUUAGUAAAGCCAGAUCGUUAGAAUUAUUCUCCGAUACAGAUUCUGAUGAUUUUAUUGAAGUGAACAACGACGAAAAAAGCUCGUAUUUUAAAAACGAUGACAAACAGAUUGAAAUUUCCAUAAAUCCCAAUAAUGUAAUUGAACAUGACAUUUUUUCCGAUGUAUUCAAAACUCAGAGUGUGAAAGAUACUCAGAUUCCUGACAAUAAUCUGAAUGAUACAGUUAUUCUUGGUAACAAUCUGAAUGAUACGGUUAUCAUAGAUGGGAAUUUGAACGAUACGGUCAUCAUUGAUAGAGCUUUGAACGAUACGGUCAUCAUUGAUAGAGCUUUGAACGAUACUGUCAUCUUGGAUAGAAACUUGAACGAUACCUUGUUUUUUGAUGGAAGCCAACCAGAUGAGUUUGAAUCUUUUGGCGCUCGCGAAAUCUCUUCGUUGUCCAUGGAAGAAGUCACACAAAGAAACACAGCAACUGAUGAAAACAUCGAAAGUACUGGUACAAAUGAGAAAACCAAGGAAACUGAGUCCGUGAAAAGCUUGGCUAGCAUUUUGAAUAAAGUUAAAAAAGCCGAAAAAACUGUCGAUAAAAGUACCACAGAAACCAAAACUGAUUCCUCGAGUAAAGGAAAUGCGAGUAAACGUGAAUUAACGAAAGAAAUACAGGAAAUGCUGAGUAAAGAAGAGACUGAAUUAUUAGCUGAAAAAGGAAAACAAGAACGUCUCGGAUCGACUAUAACUCAGCAGAUGAUCGUCGAAGCUCAGGAGUUAUUACAACUUUUCGGACUACCUUAUGUUGUGGCUCCUAUGGAAGCUGAAGCUCAGUGCGCAUUCUUGGACAAAAUUUCGUUAACUGAAGGAACCAUAACCGAUGAUAGCGAUAUAUGGUUAUUUGGCGGACAAAAAGUGUACAAGAAUUUCUUCGAUCAUAAGAAAUACGUUCUACAAUUCCGAGCUAUCGACAUCGAGCAUUUUUUCAAAUUGUCUCGAGAACAGUUGAUACAAAUGGCGUUGUUGGUCGGAAGUGAUUACACUGUUGGAAUUGAGAGCAUCGGCCCUGUUACUGCUAUAGAGAUACUCGCUUAUUUUUCUGAUUCUUUGAAUAAACCAAAAUCAACUGAUGACAUCGCUGAAACCUUGAGAAAAUUCCGAAAUUGGUUGAAAACUAAUCGGAAUAAAGGGUUUUCUUUAUCCAGGAAAUGUAAAGAUGUUAAUUUAUCCGAAGCGUUCCCAAACACGACGGUUAUCGAUGCUUAUCUAUAUCCAACAGUGGACAAAUCGGAAGAAAAUUUUACUUGGGCAACUCCUGAUUUAGACCGAAUCAGAGCAUAUAUGCACUCAAAAUUUGGAUGGAAAAUCAGUAGAAUCGAUGAUGUAUUACUACCGGUUAUGAAAAGACUCAAUGACCGUAAUAAACAGUCGACGUUAGACAUGUAUUUUAAACAAAGACCAACAUCUUCGAUUGAAUUUAGUUCUGUGAGUAAACGAGUGAUUCAGGCCAUCAACGUGAUGAAAAGUAAAAAUGACGAGCAACCUCUUCAAGCACCAUCGACUUCUAAAAGCCCGAGGAAGAUUCCUCCUAAAACUCCGCCGAAAAGAACUCGUAGAAAUGUAAAAAAAACUCCUUUAAAGAGAACUCCCGUAGCACUUCCGGUCCAGAGAAGUUCUCCAAAUUCCGCUGCGAGAAAUAUGAAUUCCGCUUCGAGAAAUAUUGCAGCGCCUUAUUUUGGCGAAACUAUACCACAAAAAGAAAAAGAUAAGAUGGAAGCAGCAAAACGAAAGAUGGAUGCUAUAAAAAUAUUCCAAGCUCAGAACAAAAGUAACAGAAGCAAAGGUUCCAAGAAGAAAAAAGUCUUGCCGCCGAAGCCUGAUAGUUCUUAUUUAUCGGAAUCUAGCAGCGGUGAUGAUUUAUAAUUAUUGAUGAAAUGCUUGAAACUAUGUAUUUCUAGUAUUUUUAUUCAAAUUGUUUGUGACCUACUGCUGUAUGGCUGUUUUUUUUCCUAUUUUGUAAUGUUUUUAUACCUCGUUCUAUUUUUUAAGUUAGUGGUAUUUUUUUUAUACUGAAUUUUUGUUCGUAUGUUCCGCUCCACUACGUUAGUUUAGUACUUAAUUGUUGAAUUGGUAUUUUUUCUCCAAAUACUCAAGUGAAUUGAAAUUGAAAAAUUAAACGUUUUAUGUUUGAA